UUCGUUGGCUGAGGUGUUUUGCUUUGAGCGUUCAUCAUCAUUUCAUGAAGCCAUUUCUGGUUAGCAGCGCUGCAGAGUAGCAUCGCAGUGAUCGGCAGCUGUAGCGGCUACUAUGGCACAGGCAGCUCAGGCUAAUGUCUUCGACGCCAGCAGCUCUCAGAUCCAGGUGGAGCACGAUAAAAAGCGCCGGCAGUUUGUGAUCAGACUGAACGGAUCUCAUGAUCGUGCAGUUCUUCUGUAUGAAUAUGUCGGGAAGAAGACAGUGGACUUGCAACACACUGAAGUUCCCGAUGCUUACAGAGGGAGAGGAAUAGCCAAGCACCUGGCCAAGGCAGCCAUGGAUUUUGUGGUGGAAGAGGAUCUGAAAGCCCACCUGACCUGCUGGUACAUUCAGAAAUAUGUCAAAGAAAACCCUCAGCCUCAGUACUUUGAACAUAUUUAUCAAUGACCCUACAUGAAGGACAAAGAGACUCCCAGAGGAUAAAUACUGUGUGGCAUCAUGCUUUGGAGUUACAGGCUGACAUACAACAGAGGACCUUUUCCAGGCAUUGGUAAACAACUAAUCUCAUGGCAGAGACAUCCGUGAGCUGAACGUUGCAUCUAUGGGUCAGUAACACAAGGUUACACACUCACCAGAAACAGGAAGUGAAUCAGCUGGUCACUACUUAAAAAACAAACAAACUAACCAAAGCUGAAGCCUGUUUCCUCAGGCAGAAACCUUCAGGAUGCGUGUCCAUCACUGACUGGAAGAAAGGGUUAUAUCUGUAGUGAAAACAGAUGUGAGUCAAAUCUUGUGUUGCAUAUUUCCUGUCCUGUCCUGUCCUCCUCCGGACUCACUGGUUGUGAGCAGCGCUACACGAUGGCCGCCCCAGCUGUCUUCCUCCAUGACACUUUGGAUGGAAGCAAUGGUGGCUUCACUGACACUCAAACGGUGAUGACUUUUAUAUUUCAACCUCCUUUUGAUAUUCUUUGGCUUUGUUUUUGUUAUUAUUGUUUUUUUUUUCAUUUUACUUUUCACUCCUCUCUUUAGAAAUAGUGUUUCUAAAGGCUGAAAUGCUAAUUUGGUGGACUGUGAAUGCUAAACCUAUCUUUGAAACAUCCAGCUAUUCAAAAAAAAAGGUAGUUUUCUACCUAGUUGAAAAGAGUUAAAGGCAUAUAUUAGUAGGGAAAUGGGUUGUUUUUAAAAAAAUAUGAUCUGCAUUUUGUGGACAUUUAUUUUCCCAAACUGUCAAAUUGAAUCCAGUGUUACUCCAUCCACUCCAACUCUUCCCAGUCACAGAAAUGUACUGCUCAUCAUUGGAGUAAUAAAUUAAUCAGUCAAAGGUGCAGGGAUUUGUAAACCAAAGAACACAAACUGAGUCAAACUCUGGAGACAAAAUACUGUACAUGUUAAAGGACCAGUGUGUAGGAUUUGGGGGGAUCUGUUGGCAGAUAUGCAAUAUAACAAUUAUUAUUCUGUUUUCAUUGAUGUACCAUCACCUGAAACUAAUAAUCAUUGUGUUUUCAUUAGCCAACAAUGGACCCUUCAUAUCUGUGUGUGGAGCGAAUCCUUGUCCUUAAAGGUAUAGGGUUCGUUUAAAAAAAGUGAGCUCCAGACCAGAGCUAGACUGACAUGGCGGACAUCAAACUUAAUAUGAACAGCUGGUAAAAUAAACAAAGUGACAAUGUACACUACCGGUCAAAAGUUUUAGAACACCAACAUUUUUCCAGUUUUUUAUUGAAAUUCAAGCAGUUCAAGUCCAAUGAACAGCUUGAAAGGGUACAAAGGUAAGUGGUGAACUGCCAGAGGUAAAUAAAAAAAGGUAAGCUUAACCAAAACUGAAAAAUAAUGUACAUUUCAGAAUUAUACAAGUAGGCCUUUUUCAGGGAACAAGAAAU